AUGUCUUCGAUGACCUGUUACAAUUAUAAUAGAGAAGGACAUAUAACUAGAUAUUGUCCUCAACCUCGUCAGCAACCAAGGAGAACUGAUAGAAGACCUCCUUAUGAUGAUACUAGAGAUAAAGAAUACAAUGAUGAGGAAUAUACUUCUGAAGAAUAUUAUGAGAAAGAGGAAUAUGAAGUCUACCUUAAUACUAGAUCUGGACCUUACCCCAAAAAUGCUGUAUUAAAAAAUAAAAGAAGACUAGUAAAGUUUCAAAACCUACCUAAAACCACUAUUGAAGAGUUAGACAUGAAAGAAUCAACAUCAGACUUA